AUGUCUCUAGUUCCAUUAUAUUGGAUAGUAUCACAAAAUUCUGGAAAGGUUCUUGAUGUUAUAGAUGGCUCCACUCAAGUUAAUUCCAGAGUUGUUCAAUAUCACAAAAAAUCUUCAGAGAUGUGUAUUACGUUCAAAAUAGAUAGCGUAAAAUCCGGUCUAGUGAUUGGUGUCGAUGGACCCACUGAUCCUGGUUCAGAUUUAAAUAAUGCAACAGUGAUUCAAAUUAAUAAGAAAGAUGGUCAUAGAUGGGUCUAUGAUGACAUUAACAAUCAUAUCACCUUGAUUGAUACAAACUUUGCUUUUGAUCUUAGGGCCAACUCUAGUGAUGAGAACGUGCUUGUCUUGUAUGCGAAAAAUUCAGAGCUGUGGUAA